AAAUUGUGUAUUUUUACAGUUAUUAGAACCGAAGAAGAAACCAUUAAACCCAAAAGCCGCCAUGUUUUCAAGAACGAGUACCACCUUCCCUUUAGCCAAACUCCCUUCUCCCUCUCUCUCCUCUCGCUCUCUCUCCUCAUUCCCAUCAUCCACAGCCUCCCUCAUCCUCUCUCACCUCAAUUCCAACGACACUUCAGCAGCAAUCUCCACCCUCCUCUCCUCUCUCCCCUCUUCAACCUCCCCUCCUCCCCCUUCACUCCUCAACCCCAUCUUCUCCUCUCUCUCCAAAACCCACCAAUUCCAAUCCGCCAUCUCUCUCUACAACUCCCUCCUCCAUCACAAAAUCACCCCUGAUCUAAUCUCCGCUAACAUAGUUCUCAACUGUUACUGCCAAGCUCACCAAAUUGACCAUGCCCAGAAACUGUUCGACGAAAUGCCGCAAUGGGGCUUGUCACCCGAUCCCGUCUCAUUUAACACUCUUGUUAAAGGGUAUUGUAAAGAGAACCGGGUUGGUGAUGCUUUUCGGGUUUUGGAAUGGAUGAAGAGGAAAGGGUGGAGCCCGAAUGUGUACACAUAUUCGAUGCUUAUUGGGGUUGUUUCUCGAAAGGAGAGCAUGGAUUCCUUAAUGGGUUUGAAGCUUAUGACAGAGAUGAUGAUGGGUGGAGUGGAGCCGAGCGGGGUGAAUUGUAAUUGUGUGCUUGCUUCAUUGUGUAAGGAGAGGAAAAUUAUUGAGGCGAGGUUGGUUUAUGGGUGGAUGAAGAAGGCAGGGAUUGGGGUUGAUAUUGUGAGCUGCACUUGUUUUCUUGAUGUUUUCUGUCGGGAGAGGAUGUUGGUUGAAGCAAGAUUGCUUUUUGAUGAGAUGCCGGAGAUGGGUGUUGCUCCGAAUUUGAUUACAUGCAAUACCUUGAUUCAUGGGUAUUGUGUGAGUGGGAAGUUGGACGAAGCUUUGAAAAUGCUUGAUGAUAUGGUUAAGAAUGGUCCUAGUCCGAAUAUAAAGACAUUUACGAUUGUGAUAAAGGGGCUUUGUGUAGGUGGGAAGCUAGAGGAGGCGAUAAGGGUAAUAGACAUAAUGACUCAACAGGGGAUCAACCUUGAUAAGUUCAUAUAUUGCACCUUGCUUGAAGGUUUAUGCAAAAUAGGCAAGUUGGAGGAUGCAGUUCAACAUUUUCAUCAAAUGGGAGAAACCAUGGAAUUUAAUGAUAUUGUUGCUUAUAAUAUCUUGAUUAACGCAUUUUGCAAAAUGGGCAACAUGGAGAGGGCCAAAGAGUUAUUUAUGGAGGUUACUGAUAAAGGAUUGAGCCCUGAUUUGCGUGCGUACACAACCUUGAUUGACGGAUUUUGUAAGAUCGGAAACAUUGAGGCUGCACAAGAAGUGGUAAGGGACAUUCAGAAGAACGGUGUUAAGCCUGACGUAAUAAUGUUCUCUGUAUUGAUGGAGGGGUUUUGUGAGGCUAAAAAUUUUGAAGCUGCAGAAAAUUUACUGUGUGAUAUGGCACGGUAUGGUCUUGAACCGAACAUGGCUAUCUAUACCACAAUGAUAUUUGGUUUGUGCAAGUCCGGGGAUAUGGAUCGGGCCUUGCACUUUAUGAAAGAAAUGACAGAAAAAGGGCAUCAGCCCAAUGCCAAAACUUAUAUGAGACUGUUCAAGUGAAAUGUGUAGGUAAGGAAAGCCUUUGUCAUGCCAAGAAUUAGCUUUAUUAAAUGAACAUACAAACAAACGAUUAGCUAAUCGGCUUGAGAAACCGAACUGUCAUCAAGGAAAAUAUCGGUCCUCAGGAAGAACAUUACAUAGCAUGAAGCAUGAUACAGAAGGUAUAACAGUGUGUUAGCAUGAAGGAAUUUCUUGAAAGAUAGAAAUUUGCCUUUUGAAUAGUUCAUUCAGGGGAGGGGAGAAAUUUGCCUUUUGCAUGAAUUUCUUUCCAUAGACAACUGUGAUAUGAACAGCUUGCUAUAUUCCUAAGUUAUGCUACUGAAUAAGGAGGGGGGAGAACUGGAGACAUUUUUUUUAAUGUUUGGUAGAAUUUUGCACCGUACAGAUUAGAAAAAAUUGCAUAUUUAGCUUUUGAAGGUGUCUUAUUUUUCUGUUAGUUGAUUUAUUUGACGGUAUUGCUGUAAAAAAUUCAACCAAAACCUUUGCUUGCUUACAAGGCUAUAUGCAAAAUUCCAGAGGUUGCUAGUGAUUUCUUCCAGUAAAAGGCCAUGAGUUAACCAGAGCACCAUCUAUCACAUAAAGUUUGGUCAUCUUCACAGAGUAUGUAGUGGAGCCUGCAAAUAGUUCUUCUUGUCUCUUUCUUGCUGCUUGAUUUCUAUAAUAUUACUUUAAUAUCCACUGGUUGCUCGGGUUGAUUCUGCUGG